AUGAAGCCAGCAGAGAUCAGAUUCUCUCUACAGAGACCUCUACAGCACAGAGAUCCAGCCAUGGCACCUACAAUCACUGCAGCAAUGACCAAUUCUCAGGAGCAUCUGACUCUGACCCACAAGCUCAAAAAGCCUCUGGUGGAAAAGUUACGCAGAGAGCGAAUCAACAGCAGCAUUGAGCAGCUCAAGUCUCUCCUGGAUCCAGAGUUCCUCAAACAGCAGCCAGACUCCAAGCUGGAGAAAGCAGACAUCCUGGAGAUGACAGUUUGUGUCCUGAGACGACUGCAGCAGCAGAAUCAACAGCAGAGAAGAAUGCUGAACCACUUCAACAAGCUGCAGUCUUCCUCUGAUAAGAACCUGAGAGAGGCUGACUUCUCUCUUCUGAGCUCCACAGUCCAGACCAGCAGCACCAAAGAUAAGAGUCCAGUCAACAGCGCCCUCUGGAGGCCGUGGUAGACACCUACAUUCUGGAGUUACUACCAGACAAACUCAGAUGACCACAUUGGUCAAAGAUUACUGGACUGAAUUCUUUGAAAUUGUAUGAACUUGUUCUUCUGUGUGUACAGAAGGUUGUAUUUUGUGUUUUUCUUGGUGCAAGAUGAUAUUUCCUAAGGAAAUGACAGCAACAACAUCUUUCAUGUUAAGAAAGAGAACAUCUUGUCAUGCAUGUUGCAUGAACAUAUCUGAUUGCAUCAGCAAUUAUUAUUAUACCUCACUGUACUUCAUGUAUUGGUAGUAUAUUCUAUGGUAACAUCUGUUAUCUUUUGAUUGUUAUUGAUCAUACUGAUCAGAAACUUGAACUGUCCUUUUUAUGGACAUAUUGUCAUAAUAGACUUUAACUCACAUUAAUGUGUGAUAAUUUAAAACUGAUCUGUUAUAAGAUCCAAAUGUUUAUCCUUUUUUUCUAAAAGGUUUAAUUAAUGUCACAAUUUCUCUGUGACACUUUUAUAAUUCACUGCAUGUUCCAUAUUACUAAAACAUAUUGAAUUGGUAAUAUUUGUUACCUCUUGAUUAGUAAUGAUGAUUUUGAUAAUCAUCAAAAAUCUGAAUUGUCCUUUUUAUGGACAUUUUGUCUUAAUGGACUUUCUCUUACUUUAUGUGAUUAUUGAACAAUGAUCUGUUUUAAGAUCAAUAUGUUUAUCCUUUUAGUGUUAAAGGUUUGUUUGAUGUUACACUGUCACAGUUUUCCAGUGACAAUGUAAUAUUUACAUUUUGAGAAUCAAUUGAAUUUAAUGGUUAUAAGAAUGAUGUGAUCUGUUUCAAGAUCAGUUUUUACUAUGUUUUCAUUUUGUUUGCAAAGUGAAAAUGUUUUGAUCCAUUUGUGAAGAAACUCUCAAAGGACAGUGAGUACUGUGUCCUCAAAUAUUGUAAAUCGUUUGUCUUUUAUAAAGACAGCUGUUCCUUUACUCUCUCUGAGUACAGUGUGUCUUGUAGAAAUCUACAAGUUGUUGUUGUGAUGUAUCAUCACCUCUAGUUGGAGCUUUCUUACUUCAUGUGGCUCAUUGUGCCUUGUUGAAUAAACAAACACUGCCAGCUAAAAA